AAUCAUGUGUAUUUAAUAACAACAUUGAAAAAACAGCAUAAGCAGGAAAGUUGCAAAUUCAAAUUUGCCGGCAAGGAAAUAAUGUAAAAGCAUAUAUUUUAACGGUCAAAAAAACGCAUUUGUUACAACCGUUGGCGAAGUAAGCUUAAGCAAUCCCAAGUUCUAAGCUUUUCAUCGAAGAUGUCUUCAAAAAUCCUUAAAUUCACAAAAAAUGUGCCUGAAGCUUUUGCCCCAAUCAAGGGGUCUAAGAAAGCGGCCGGCUUUGAUCUAAAAAGUGCAUUCAACUAUACUAUUCCUGCUCGGAGCAAAGAAAUGGUAGACACUGGUCUGAAAGUACAACUACCUGAGGGAUGCUAUGGAAGAAUUGCUCCCAGGUCUGGAUUAGCUGCAAAGAAUAGCAUUGAUGUUUUAGCUGGAGUCAUCGAUGAAGACUACCGUGGGGUACUCAAAGUUAUCCUGUUCAAUCAUUCAGAAAUUCCAUUUGAAGUAAAGAGUGGUGAUCGCAUUGCACAAUUGAUUUGUGAACAAAUUUUUUAUCCAGAAAUUGAGGAGGUUUCUGAGUUAUCUGAAACAGAUCGUGGUGUUGCAGGAUUUGGAUCAACUGGCAUCAAUUAAUUUAAAAAAAAAAUGUUAAUUUUGUAACAUACAUUCCUACAUUUAUAUACUACUGGCUAUAUACAUCCAAAUAAAGUAUUAUUUUAUA